CUGCUGCUGCUGCGGCUGCGGGCGGAUCAACACUCACUCGCCAUCCGUCCGCCCGCUUACUCGGGGUGGGUGAUCGUCUCCAUCGCUACUCCCGCCGCCUCGUUGUCCAAGGUAGCAUACUGUUUUUGAAGUCCUGUCCACGAUGGGAUCUGAAGCACAUGGCAAAGGUGUAGAAUCUUCUGCAACCUUGAUGGAAGAUGAGAAUUCGAAGGAUUGCAAAGUGGAACGGAAUGGAACCGGUGACUGCAAAUCUAUGGAUGAGAAAAAUCAACUGAAGGAGAAUGAAUGGAGCAUUAGCAGAGGGGAACCCAUAUCAAAAAGACAGAUGAAGAAGUUAAUGAGGGAGAAACAAUGGCAUGACCAAAGAGAUCAACGCAAGCAGAGGCGAAAAGAAAAGAAACUUCAGAAGAGGCUUGAACGUCAAACUCGGAGCGAGGAUGGAAUUGAAGAAUCUGCCGUAAAACGCCUCAAGAGGGAUGUGACUCCAAGUAACAUCCGUGUGGCACUGGACUGCAGCUUUGAUAGUCUAAUGACGUUAAAGGAUGUCAAAAAGCUGCAUAAUCAGAUUCAGAGGUGCUAUGCAGAAAAUCGAAAAGCAAUACAUCCUGUAAAGAUGUAUUUAACCAGUCAUAAUGGACAGCUGAAGAAGAAUAUGGAUGAGAAUGAUAAAGGAUGGGUCAACUGGAAGGGAAUCACUGUUACUCCGAACCAUUUCAGUGAAGUAAUACAGAAGGAAGAUUUGAUUUAUCUCACCUCUGAUUCCCCUAACGUGCUAAAUGAGCUGGAUGCAAGCAAAGCUUAUGUGAUCGGUGGCUUGGUGGACCACAAUCACCACAAGGGUUUAACAUAUGAGAAUGCACUAAAGUUGGAAAUCGCACAUGCCCAGCUUCCUCUUGGAAAUUAUGUGAAGAUGAAUAGUCGCAAAGUCUUGACGGUUAAUCAUGUAUUUGAGAUCAUCCUUGCGUACUUGGAGAAGCAAGAUUGGGAUAAAGCCUUUUUCACAAUCCUGCCACAGCGCAAAGGAGCAGUCCCUGCAGGAGAGAGUGAUGGCACUGAACAAUACUGUGUUGGUGCUGACUCCGAUACUUGUGACUCCUCAGAAACCUGGACUGCUGCAUCAGAGACUUGUCCACAAGAAGACAGAAAUCCCAUUGACUUAAAUUGCGAAGAGAAAAGCACAGCAAGUAAGGAAGAUCAACAUGGUGAAGUGUAGACCUUUCUCAAGUUGAUUCGAUAUUUGACAAUUGCUUUGUAAUUUUAUUUAUUUGCGGACAUUUGUAUGGUUUAAUGAUGCAAACCAAGUCUUUCCAUUUGGCUUCAUAAUCCAUCUAUUAUCACAUGUGAUGUUUAAAUCACAGUGAGUUCGGAGAAAUAUUUUUAGUAAACAAAUUAAAUGAAUCCAAAGUAUGUAGUCAA